AUGGGCAUCGAACAUUUUUGGAACGUUGUCAACGAAACGGGUAAGGAGAGGUCGCUGGCUCGAUGGGCUGCAGAUCAUCUCAAGGAACACGGGCGACCGCUGCGGAUAGCCAUUGACGAGGCCCAUUGGAGAUUCAAGAAUAUUACGGAUGCGAAGGAGGCCGAAAUUCAACAGAGUUCGUAA